AUGGCGGAUUUGCUGUUGAGUUUCUCGGCACAGUCUUCUCUCCUUCACGUAAGACCCAGACUCCUCACACUCAAGACCCCUUCUGCUUCACCGAUCCGAAGCAUCGCCUUCCUUAAUUCCAAAGGUUUUCAUCCUCUCGCGUUUGCAUCGGGUCACCGACGACUUCCUCUCGGGGCAUCGACCAAAACGAUCACCACUAUUACUGCCAACUGCGUCGAUUCGGGAGUCAAAGCUGUUGUAGUUGAGCCUACAAUCGACGUCGGAGGUGGUGGUGGUGGUGGAAUUGGAGGUGAUAAGUUUGGCGGCGGUGGAGGCGGCGAUGGAAAUGAAGAAGGAGAAGGCGGCGGAGAGGAGGAGAGUGACGGGAAUAAGAACACGCCUUUGUCUAUGUCGCAGAAGUUGACUCUUGGUUACGCUUUUCUCGUCGGAGUUGGUGGGCUGAUGGGUUAUUUGAAGAGCGGUAGCCAGAAAUCGCUGCUUGCUGGUGGACUAUCAGCUGCUAUUCUACUGUAUGUGUUCCGCGAGCUCCCAACAAAACCUGUUCUUGCAUCAACCAUUGGCGUAGUGAUGGCGGGUGCAUUAACGUGGGUGAUGGGGACGAGGUACAUGGGUUCGAAGAAGGUAUUUCCAGCUGGAGUUGUGUCGCUGAUGUCUUUCAUUAUGACCGGUGGAUACAUACACGGCAUCAUGCGCAGCCUUCACUAA